AUGGCCGAACCUGGACCUUCCGGUACCGCUAUUCCGGCCACGAGCGAGGUCCCCUUCUUUUCGAGCCUCCAUGGCGAGCGACGCCGGGCCGAGCGCCAGAUCGAUCGACGAGAUCUGCAAGCCGCCGUGAGGUACGGCAAGAAGCAGCUUGCAAAGCGAGAUCCGGAAACCGGUGCGAUCAGGUGGAAGUACACCUACGCGGACAUUAUCUACAUCACGGACGAGACUUCGACUCAAGAGAUCACGUCCUGGGUAGCGCCUAUCGGCAUCCCCCAUGCCAAGCUUACCUUGAAGCAGAUCGGGGAGCAUGAAGCCGCGAAGCAACGCCUGAAGGACGACCCUUCCCUUUGUACCUCCCACAGCGUCAUCGUUGUGGAUCAGUCAGGAUCCAUGCGAGAGACCGAUGUUGCUGAUUUCUACAAUCGGUCUCAGGCGGUGUUUGGAAUGCUUGCGACGGAUUUCGUGGCGAAGCCACGGCUCUCUGGGGACGCGACUGACACAGAUGUUGUGAGCCUUGUCGUGAUGCGAGGGUCGGCUUACGUCGCGGUCGAGAGGGAGCCAAUGGGUCUCAUGCUGUACAAUAAAUUCGUCAGCCUUCACGACACCGGCGCGCCACAGUUUCACGGCAACUUUCUGCCCGCGUUGGACAUAGCUGAGGAGCUUCUCAAAAGCCAGACCCACGGCGAGUGUGCUCUGUCUCUGCUGUUCCUCUCUGAUGGCCGGCCGAGUGACUACAGCUAUGCCAACCACGUGGGCAUCACCACCAGCUACCCGGAAGUGAUAGAAACCAUCGUCGGCCGGGUGAGAAAUCUGGCGGAAGUGUUUGGGGAGCAGCUGUCCGUCGUGACUCUCGGAUUCGCUGGACCGGAGCAGGAUUUUACUGUGCUGGAGAGCAUGGCCGAAGCUGCCCGCGACGCAGGCGCGCAGGGAAAGUUUCAUCGACCGGAGCUGUCGUCAAGGGGCCUUGGAACCGCUAUCGCCGACAGCAUUUCGUCCCUGACGGCCACCAGGCUUCGCAUCACCACGCUGGCGGGUGGUAAUAUCCAGCGCCGCGAGCUACGGCAAGUGGAAAGGGAGGCCCCCGGCGCUCACUGGGGUCGCGCGCCUACCACAGCCCAAACGGGGGACGGCUGGGUGGUUUAUUGGAGCGGAGUUGAAUGCUACGAGUUCUCUUUGUACGCCUUGAAGAACUCCGGAAGUCCGUGGGUUUCGGUGGAUCUUUUCUCAGAGGAGGCCAACGGUAUCGCGAUCCGUAGCAAAAGCCUGGGACAGGGUGCCGAGCGUCUGGUGUUCGGUCUGCAGGAGGUUGACCUGCGCAGUGGUCAGCAUGUGGGGCCAAAGAUGGUGGCUAAAGAGAGCAAGCACAUCGGUGACGAGAACAACAAAAUCCAGUUUCACCAUUCUUUCGCCUGGACCCAGCUAGAGGCGCAGCGCAUCGCCAAACAAUUCAACCGCAGGGUACGGUUUAUGCUCCAUGUCAUCUUCGGUGAUGAUGGCAAGCAUCGGGUGUGGGACAUUUCGUUCCUUCCAUGUUCGGUGUACACUUUCCUUGAAGGGGGGGUUAAGCGGAGCGUCCUGGUGGAGAAACUGCUCGUGGGCCGUUACACCAAGUUCAACGGCAACAACGGCUACGUUCACGGCGGGAAAGGCGACCCGGCCGGCGCUUCUGCAGCGGAACCCGCUGCGGGUUUCGUGCUAGCUCGCGCCAACGAGAUGAUGGGUGCCAUCGACGAAGAAGAAGAAGACUCCGACGGCGAUGGCGAGGUCCCCGUCAUUCGCGGAGGUGACGACGACGAUGACGAGGACGACGAUGGUACAUCCGUUGGUGCUCUGGCUGGCGAGAAGGCGGAAGGCGGUCCAACUACUUUCGACCCUGAGCCGGAGAGCUACGUGCAGGCCUUCUCCCACUUCUCGUACCGCAAAAGCCACCGCAAGAUGCUCGUGUGCGACCUGCAGGGAGUCCAGUCCACCAGCUCCACCCAUGAGGACCGUGCUGGCGUGUUCGAGCUGACAGACCCGGUGAUCCACUAUCGGUCCACGUCCGGACGUCGCCAGGUGUACGGGAGGACGGACUUGGGCAAAAGGGGCAUCCGCAAGUUCUUCGGAACCCAUCAGUGCAACGACGUUUGCCGCCUGCUCGGUCUUGCCAGCUGGGAAUCUAAGGGACAUGUGGGUGGGGAUGUGCCGGGGUAA